AUGACGGCCGCUUCAGUCCCUGUACCCCAACAGCAAUACGAGUCAGUACACCGCAUUCACUCUCCAACCCGCUGUGCGGAUCCUAAACUGAUGCUCUGUCCCCACCAUCCCUUCAUUCCGGGUUCCCCUCCUUUGCGCGCCUUCGGCUUGCCGAAAAUCUGCGCCGAUUCGCUCCCGGCUCUCGCCUCUCGGCUGUCUCGGCCACGCUCUCCCGCGAUCGCUCCACUCGAUCCCGCUUUCCCCACAUGCGCCCUCCUGCGCCCUCCUGCGCCCUCCUGCGCGCCGACUCGGCUCCGUUCCAUCUCGCCCCGUGCGUGUCCAUCUUGCACCUUGUCGUCACGCAACGCGCUCCACUACUCGCCUAUGACGUCCUUCACCUCACAGUGUCGUGAUCGUAGGAGCCGGUCCCGCCGGUUUGAUGGCCGCCUUGUGCCUCACCACCUACGGAUUCCAAGUCUUGCACAUCGACGAUCGUCCCGAGCCGACCACCGCCGGUCGCGCCGAUGGUCUGCAGCCUCGCACGAUCGAGGUGCUGCGUAAUAUCGGGUCCGUCAAGGGGAAGACCGUGGGUAUGGCCGGCUUGGCCAAGCGCAUGAUCGCCGAUGGUGUACGCGUUUACGAGGUGGCCUUCUGGGUAAGUCGUCCGUGGUCGGGCCCACAUACCGAGGCGGUGACCAGCGGUGACCAGCGGUGACCAGCGGUGACCAGCGGUGACUACGCCGAGUCAGUCGGGAAACGAGACUCACCCGCAUCGUCGUACGCACUCACCACAGGACCCUACCGAAACUGAGCAAUUGGCUCGAACUUCGCGUGCCCCUUCGUGUCCCGAGUUCAUCGACGUCGUCGACAACUACACCCUGCUCCUCCACCAAGGCCUGAUCGAGAACGCCUUCCUCGAUGAGAUCGAGAACCGUCGCGCCCACCUCCCUUCGGACAAGUUCGUCCCCGCCCCUCACGGAGGUUGUUUCCGCCCUUACCUCUUUGAAACGUGCUCGACCGACCUCGAGGCCAAUCCUGAGUACCCCGUCUCGUGCACCCUGUCGCACGCCGACACCAAAGAAAAGUACACCGUCAGGGCCAAGUACUUGUUCGGCAACGACGGCGCCAAGAGUUUGGUCCGACGCGCCAUUUCAGGCAGUAAGGUCGGUGAUGGCGAAUGGCAGGGCAAGAUUAGGAUGCUCGGUGAUGCGUCCGAGUUCAUCUGGGGUGUCAUGGAUGUCGAGGUGUGAGUGUCGGGCGUGUUUCGUGCGCCGUCGGGAUUCGGGAACUGAUGCGCUGUUUCCUCUCAUUUCUUCGCGAGGACAGUAAGACCGACUUCCCCGACAUCAUGAGCAAGUGGUACGUUGAUCAAGUACCCCUACUUGUGCCCGAAAUUUACUGACUGAUCAGUUCCUUAUUUUUCCCGUCUUUAGCUUGAUCCACUCCAGGGAUGCGGGAUCGAUCAUGGUCAUCCCGCGAGAGAAUGGCCUCGUCCGCCUCUACGUGCAAUUGCAAGAAGAGGGCACAGGCAAGCACUACGAGCGAAAUGCGGCGACCGAGGAUAUUUGCAAGGCACGAGCUGCCAAGAUCUUCGAGCCUUACAAGAUCGAAUGGGGCAGGUACGUUGGGACUCAGAGAUCGGUCAACGGUGGGGAAGAAUCGGGCUGACAUUCGAUCGGGCAUCGGUUUGGCAGGAUCGACUGGUUCUCGGUCUACCAGAUCGGCCAGCGUAUCGCCUCCGCUUACACUCUGGAUGAGCGAGUGAGUGAACUCAAAAAGAGCUCUUCAAUGUUUUCUAGGCGCAGUAGCUGAUGAAACUCCGAUCUGUGUUUCUUUCAGAUCUUCCUCGGCGGUGACGCGACCCACACCCACUCGCCCAAGGCCGGCCAAGGCAUGAACAUCAGUAUCCUCGAUAUGUACUCGCUGUCAUGGCGCAUCAACCUGGUCGAGAAGGGGAUGGCCGACCGCAAGAUCCUUCUUCCUACCUACGAGAUCGAACGACGAGGCGUUGCCGAAGAGCUUUUGGCUUUCGACCGAGCCUACGCGGCUUUGUUCUCGGGCAAGUCCCCCAAGUCGGACCAACUCACGGCCGAUGCCACAAAAGCCAAGGCAAAGGGUGCCGUUGAUGCCGAGCUUUUCAUCGAGUGAGUCACUUGUCUUGUUUUCGAGGCGGUAUUGGGGUAGCUCGCUGACGGUGAGCUUCCAAAACCCUCGUGUCGCAGGACUUUCAAGAAGCACGCUUUCUUCACUUCCGGGUGCGGAGCCGUCUACGGGUCCAACAGUAUCCUCAACGCUCUUCCCGACUCGCCGCUCGUGCAAAACUACGCCAAGAAGGGCGUCUUUAACCCCGAAGGCACAAAACUGAUCGCUGGACGUCGCUUGCUUCCCGGCAAGCUCACGCGUGCUGUCGAUGCGAACCAAGUUCGUAUUCAACAGGAGGUCAAGAUGAACGGUGCCUUCCGGUACGUCGGUUUUGCUCAAAGCUCAUCUUGCUCGAUCGUGUUUCUGACCCGGAACUUUCAUCGCGAACAGUAUCAUCGUCAUGGCAGGUCAAUACGAAGCUUCGAAGGCCUCGCUCAAGGCCUUUGAUGAAUUCCUCUCCUCAUCGUCGUCCUUCUGGAACGUCCACCGACCCAAGCAAGGCGUCCAAGCCGCGCAAUUCUACAACAGCUACAACUCGCGCAACAUCGAGACCGAGACCCGUGAUCCCAACUUCAAUCCUUUCUUCACCUUCGUCACCGUCCUUGCGGACCCGCACACUGAGUGGGAUAUUGAGGCUUUGCCGUUCAACUUGAGGGUUUACCGCAGUCAGAUCUACUCGGAUGAUAUCUUUGAUAAACGAGUACUCGAGGCGGGAAGUAACGCCCCACUGCACGCAAAGUACGGUGUGGACGUCAAGAAGGGCUCGAUUGUUGCCGUUCGACCGGAUGGCUACGUCGGAGCGAUCACCUCGUUGGAUGCCGAUGGGUUCGAGGCCCUGAACGCUUACUUCAAGAGUUUCUUGAUUUGA